AAGAGAAGUGAGGUUGGUAUCCACAAUGCCUGUCUGUUGGAACCCAUUAGGGACACUCAACCAGGAUGCCGGAGCCAACUAAAAAAGCUGUCUCUGCCUUUACCAAGAAACCAAAGUCUCAGACUGCUGAGAUUGGGGCAACAGUCAUUUUUGAAGCGGAGACUGAGAAGCCUGAUGCAAAGGUGAGAUGGCAGCGAGAUUCCAAGGACAUCUCAUCCAGUGACAAAUACACCAUCUCAGCAGAGGGCAAUAAGCAUUCUUUCACCAUAAACAAUGCUGUCCAGGAGGAUGCAGUAGGAUAUGCUGUUAUUGCUGGGGGAUCAAAGGUCAAAUUUGAAUUAAAGUUAAAGGAGUCAGAAGUGAAGGAAGCAAAACAAGCUGUACCCCCAGAGGCUGCAGCGAUGGAAACUAAGUCUUCUGAAACUACAGGGGUUCCACCAGCACCUACUGAAAGUUCAGCACCAGACACCAGUGGAAAGACAACACCUGAUGCUCUGCCUGAGAGUCAUCGUCCUGACACAAGGCAGGACCUUACUGGUCUCUUCACAGAGAAGCCUCAGAGUGGGGAGGUAACUGUGGGUGAGAACAUUACCUUUGUGGCUAGAGUUGGUGGUGAAUCUUUGUUGAAGAAGCCUGCAGUAAAAUGGUUCAAAGGAAAGUGGAUGGAUCUGGCCAGCAAGUCAGGAAAGCAUCUGCAACUCAAAGAGCACUAUGACCGCAACACUAAGGUGUACACAUUCGAGAUGCAUAUUGUUGCAGCUAAAGCUAACUUUGCUGGAGCAUAUCGCUGUGAGGUGUCAUCAAGAGACAAGUUUGACAGCUGUAAUUUUGACCUCGUAGUACAUGAGGCUCGUACAACAGAAGGGUUUGAUAUUCGCAGUGCAUUUAGGCGCACGAGCACCAGUUCAGGUGGUAAGAAGAAGAUGGGAGAGCCUGGCAGUAGCACAGAUGCAGGUGAUGACUCAGGAGAACUGGACUUCAGUGCUUUACUGAAAAAGAGAGCUGUUCACGUGAGCACUGAGCCUGACGUAGAUGUAUGGGACAUCCUACAGAAGGCCCCAGCCUCCGAGUAUGAAAAGAUUGCCUUCCAGUAUGGAAUUACAGACCUGCGGGGGAUGCUUAAGAGACUUAAAAAAAUGAAAAAGGAAGAGAAGAAAAGUGCAGCAUUUCUAAGGAAGCUGGACCCAGCGUACCAGGUUGAAAAGGGACACAAGAUCAAACUGCAAAUCGAGGUGGCUAAUGAAGAUGCAGAGGUUAAAUGGUUAAAAAAUGGUCAAGAGAUUCAACCAACAGGAAGCAAGUACAUCUUUGAGAGUGUAGGCAACAAACGCUUUCUCACCAUCAACAACUGUACACUGGCAGAUGAUGCUGCCUACACCUGCUUGGUUGGGGACGAGAAGAGCUUCACUGAGCUCUUUGUUAAAGAGCCCCCUGUUCUGAUCUUGCGUAAUCUAGAGGAUCAGAUGGUAAUGAAGGGAGAAAGAGUGGAGUUCGAGUGUGAAGUGUCUGAAGAAGGUGCUCAGGUGAAAUGGGAGAAAGAUGGUGUUGAACUCACCCGAGAUGAGUCUUUCAAGUACCGCUUUAAGAAAGAUGGAUGUAAGCAUGUCCUUAUCAUUAAUGAUGUGACCAAGGAGGACUGUGGACACUACCAGGUGAAAACCAAUGGAGGCCAAUCUUUAGCAGAGCUCAUGGUUCAGGAAAAGCAGCUAGAGAUCUAUCAAAACAUUGCUGACCUGACGGUGAAGGCCAAAGACCAGGCUGUGUUCAAGUGUGAGGUUUCUGAUGAAAAUGUUAAAGGCAUCUGGUACAAAAAUGGAGUGGAGGUGAAGCCUGACGCCAGAACACAUAUCACACACAUUGGCAGGAUUCAUAAGCUCACCAUUGAUGACGUGAAGCCAGAGGAUGAGGGUGACUACACCUUCAUUCCUGAGGGCUUUGCCUUCAAUCUCUCUGCCAAGCUCAACUUCUUGGAGGUCAAGAUUGACUAUGUUCCUCGUCAAGAUCCUCCCAAGAUUCACCUGGACUGCAUGGGGCGCACAGCUGAGUCCACUAUCUUGGUUGUAGCAGGAAACAAACUGCGACUUGAUGUACCAAUUACAGGAGAUCCUGCCCCCACUGUGGUUUGGACCAAAUCAGAAAAGGAUAAGUCUAAGGAGGGAGAGUCGCAUCCUGAACCAACGCGCACAUGGACACUGAAGAGCGGUGAAGUGCUGACAGACACAGAUGGGCGUGUCCAUGUGGAGAGUACCAAAGGCCAUUGCAUCUUUACCAUAGAGGGGGCGGAACGUCAGGAUGAGGGCGUGUACUCUGUCAUUGUUCGGAAUCCUGCUGGAGAGGAUACUGCUGACAUUAAUGUCAAAGUUGUUGAUGUGCCAGAUCCACCUGAAGCUCCCAGAAUCCUGAGCGUCGCUGAAGAUUCCUGUGUUGUCCAGUGGGAUGCCCCACUGUUUGAUGGUGGCCAGCCAGUCAUAGGUUAUGUACUGGAAAGGAAGAAGAAAAAGAGCUACAGAUGGAUGAGACUCAAUUUUGAUCCUUUUAAAGAUACUACAUAUGAAGCCAAGAAAAUGAUUGAGGGUGUACCCUAUGAGAUGCGCAUUUAUGCAGUGAACGCCAUCGGAAUGUCCCGCCCCAGUCCCGCCUCCCAGCCAUUUGUGCCAAUUGCUCCUACUAGCGAGCCAAUUGGCCUGUGUGUGGAUGACAUCAGUGAUACCUCCAUCUCACUGAAAUGGAGGGCUCCAGAGAGGAUGGGCUCAGCUGAACUCGAUGGUUAUGGGGUUGAGUAUUGCAAGGAAGGCUCUGAUGAAUGGAUUCCUGCAUUUGCGGGUCUCACAGAAAGGACCUCUGUGAUCAUCCGUGACCUGCCAACUGGAGAGAAGAUGCAGUUCCGUGUGAGGGCAUAUAAUAUGGCGGGCCCAAGCCCUCCUGCCACAUUGCCACAGGCAGUCACCAUCCGCGAGAUCAUGCAGCGCCCCAAAAUCUGGAUCCCCCGUAACCUUCGUCAGACAAUCAUCAAGAAAGUAGGAGAAACUGUUAACCUGGUAAUUCCCUUCCAGGGUAAACCACGUCCUAAAGUAAACUGGACAAAAAACAAUGAGCCUCUGGACUCGAAGCAUGUCAACGUAAGGAACAGUGACAAUGAUACCAUCCUCUUCAUCAGGAGAUCAGAGAGGAACGAUUCUGGGAAGUAUGAUCUUCAAGUGCAGAUUGAGAAUAUGGAGGACAAGGCCAGUGUGAACAUACAGAUUGUGGACCUGCCAGGUCCACCCCAGAGAUUAAAGGUGGUGGAUGUUUGGGGCUCCAAUGUUGCCCUGGAGUGGAACCCUCCCAAGGAUAAUGGCAACUGUGACAUCACAGGCUACAUUGUCCAAAAGGCUGACAAGAAAACCAUGGAAUGGUACACAGUGUAUGAUCAGUAUCGCCGCACUAACUGUGUGGUGUCAGACCUGAUCAUGGGGAAUGAAUAUGUGUUCUGUGUGUACGCCAUAAACAUGGUGGGUCUGAGUCCAGAGCCUUGCCUUUCUAAAGACAGUGCCUACAUCCAGAAAACAGGCAUUGUGUACAAAUCUCCCACCUACAAAGAGCAUGAUUUCUCUGAGGCCCCCAAGUUCACACAUCCUCUCAUGAGCCGCUCGGUUAUAGCUGGAUACAACGUUACACUCAGCUGCUCUGUUAGAGGCAUCCCUAAGCCUAAAAUCAUAUGGUACAAAAACAAGAUGGACAUUACAAAUGAGGCCAAGUACCGUAUGUUCAGCAAUCAGGGUGUGCUGACUCUGGAGAUCCGUAAACCAUGUCCAUUUGAUGGAGGUGUGUACAUGUGUAAGGCAGUCAAUGCCAGCGGAGAGGACAUGGUAGAAUGCAAACUGGAAGUCCGUCCUCAAGUCACAAAAGAAGACAUCAAGAAAUGAAAGAGAAGAGAUGUAAUGGGCUUGUCUCAGGGUUUGGAGAAAUUGUGACUCUUUGUUCUCUUUCUGUCUUCUGUCCUAAACAUUGACCCCCAUGACAUGUCGAUGAUCUAAUAACAGAGCAUAUUUUAUUGGUUUUCUUCAUUAGCUUGUGCUCUCCGAUUCUCACUCACAUACAACGCCCUUGUGCUUAGGUGUGAUUUUGUGUCUUUAUUGCUUGUAUUCAUUUUAUUUCAUGUCAUUUCAUUGUGACUCAGUAUUUUUCCUUCCACACUGGAAUGUUAUAUAAUAUACUAAAUAAAGGAUUUUGUUGACAUUUAA